AUGGCUGCCCGUGAAAACACUGAGGUGAGGAUCAUUUUGGUAGGGAAAACUGGAAACGGAAAGAGUGCCACAGCAAACACCAUCCUUGGGAGACGCCAAUUUGAUUCUAAGAUUUCUGCCCAUGCUGUUACCAAGACCUGCCAGAAAGCAUCCCGGGAAUGGAAGGGGAAAAACCUUGUGGUAGUCGACACUCCCGGGUUCUUUGACACCAAGGAGAGCAUGAAAACCACAUGUUCAGAAGUCAGUCGCUGUGUCCUCUACUCCUGCCCUGGGCCUCAUGCCAUCAUCCUGGUUAUGCAGCUGAGCCGCUUCACGGACGAAGAGCAGCACACCGUUGAUUUGAUCAAGGGUCUUUUUGGGGAGGCAGCCAUGAAGUACAUGAUCGUCUUGUUUACUCGCAAAGAUGACCUUGAGAACCGGAGCCUUGAUGACUUUUUAGGCAGAGAGUGCAAGUUAAGUAAAAUCUUGUUGGAGUGUGGGGAUCGCUGCCUGGCCUUUAAUAACAAGGCGGGCAAGGCGGAGCAAGAGGGUCAAGUCCAGCAGCUGGUAGUUCUGAUCGAGAACAUGGUGGACAGAAACGGGGGGUCCUACUUUUCCGAAAAGAUAUAUGAGGACGUUGAUAGAAGGCUGAGACAGUGUCUAAGGAAUCUGGAGGAAAAUUAUGCUCAACAACUCAGUGUUGAAAUCAAAAGAAUAGAAAAUGAAUGUGCUGAUAAAUUAGAGAAAGAAAAGAAGACACUCAUUGAUUCUGCAAAGAAAGAUUAUGAAGAGAAAAUGAGAAAUCUGCAGGAAGAGGCUGAAGAGAGUGUAUUUGAAUAUAUUGUCAAAAAGAUAAGUGAAAUGCUUUCAAAACUUUGGAAGAAGUUGGGAUUGUGA